GGACGGGUGGCAGCAUUUGGGCCAGGUGGCAACGUUGUGGGUAGAAAAGCGUUUUGCCGAAAAAAGUCCGAACGAUUCGAAACAACUCUCCAUGAUACGCAAUGUUGUGGUUGGAAUAUCAGGUGGCGUGGAUAGCGCAGUCAGUGCGCAUUUGUUAAAGGAGCGUGGCUACAAUGUUCUCGGCGUCUUCAUGCGCAACUGGGAUGAGCACGAUGAAGCCGGUCGCUGCAGCGGCGAGCAGGAUCUCAAGGAUGCGACCUGGGCGUGCCAGAAGCUGCAAAUUGAGCUGCGCCAAGUCAACUAUGUGAAGCAGUACUGGACGGCGGUGUUCAGCCAGUUCUUGGAUGAUUAUCAACAGGGCCUGACUCCCAAUCCGGACAUAUUGUGCAACAAGCAUAUCAAAUUCGAUCUGUUCCACAAGCACGCGCUGGAAACACUAAACUAUGAUGCUGUCGCCACCGGACACUACGCCCGCAACAGUCUGGGCAAUUUUCUGGAACAUAGGGAUGGGUAUAUUCGGGAUGUGCGCUUGCUUAUACCCGCUGACACGUUUAAGGAUCAGACAUUCUUCCUAGCCGGCAUAGCCCAAGAGUCACUGCAACGCACGAUGUUUCCACUGGGCGAUCUAUUGAAAACGCAGGUCAAGCAAUUGGCCAAAAGUAUUGGCCUGCAACGGCUGGCCGAGAAACGCGAGAGCACUGGGAUUUGUUUUGUUGGCAAGCGCGAUUUCAAGUCCUUCAUACGCGAGUAUAUAACAUCGAAGCCCGGAGACUUUGUGGAUGUGGACAGCGGUGCUGUGGUGGGCACCCACGAGGGCAUUCACCAGUGGACCGUGGGACAGCGCUGCCGUCUAAGCUCCUUUUUGAAGCCAUACUUUGUGGCACGCAAAGAUGCCUCCAGUAAUACUAUCUAUGUGGCCGCUGGCCACGAACAUCCCGCCCUGCACAGUUCCCGCAUCCACAUUGGCGACAUCAACUGGUUAUGUACUAAAUCUCGCCAACAGCUGGCUAAGAAUGGCAGCCUGCGCUGCCGCUUUCGCUUCCAGCACACAAAACCUCUCGUCUCCUGCCAGCUGCGUUCCUACCAGGUGCAACUUGAUGCUCCGCUGCGUGCCAUCACUCCGGGACAGUAUGCUGUCUUCUAUGACGAUGAUGCCUGCCUGGGUGCUGCGCGCAUUCUGCACGGAGAACCUCUACAGCAAAUAGAAACGCCCAUUGCCAUGCAACAAUAGCAUUUAAGAAUAUUGCAAUGAUUUGUUACUUUUUUGUUUUAGCUUUUUUAGGUAAUUAUAAUUUAAGAAUAAAUGUACAUAAAGUAGUCAAA